UUCUAGUCUGUUAUAACUAAAAUCUUACUGUGGAGUAUAUAUUUGAUAUUGUUACUGUGUAUUUUAUAUUACUACAACUUCAUGUCUUUGAAUAUAUACUUAGUAAUUUUUCAGGUGAAUACAGACCCAAAACCCAAGGACUAAAUAUGCAUCAAUAAAUACAUUUAUAUCUUUCUUUGUAAGUAUAGGAAGGUAUGGAGAGUUCAUGGAGCCCAAGAAAGUGAAGUAUCCCGAUCAAGUCCUCUCAGCGAAUUCUGCAGUGACAUCAGGUUCCCAAUCCUGGUCAGGCUGAACAGAAUUUGUAACCCAACAUCUCAAACCAAGGUUAACCUUGUGCACGUUUCAAAGGGAAAAUGCAAACACUCACUAAAGAAAGGCUGCUUCUCCAAUUAGUUCUGUAUUUAGAUAUCUAAAGUUCACCUGUGUUGUAAUUUACUGUAUCAAAGCCCUUCUUGACCUAUUUUGUUUGACUCUUGCAGAUGAAACAAGUUAGGCGUGCCCCACUGGCCUGCCCUGAAGAUGUGUUCUAAGGAUGUUGCAGUUCCCAGAAACUGCACGCUUUGGGACUGGUGGAAUAGGACUCCAGCAUAACAUUCCUAACUGUAAGCAGGCCUUGGGUCAUGCACAUGCAGUCAGGAGUGGUUCUGAUCUUUAUUUCCUGGAGCAGGAAGCCAUUCUGUGUUCAGAGACGCAUGGAAUCUCAUUUAGAAUUCAAAUCAGUGUACAAGAACUGCUGGAUACAGAUGUACUUUUAAAGCUGUUAUUUCAUUUACCAGUCAAUUACCCAUCAACUCUACCGGAUAUUUCUGUUAACUCAGACCAGCUUACAAGGGCCCAGUGUAUGGAUGUGAAAGAGAAAUUACUGGAACAAGCAAAGCAGCAUCUUUCUGAACCCAUGGUACACGAUCUGAUUCUUUGGGUGCAGCAGCAUCUUAAAGAUGUCAUUAAGCAAUCAGCAACAGUUUGCAAUGAAAAAACUACUUUGUCAAAAGGAACAGAAGAUGGUAUCUGGAUGCUCCUUUUGCAUUUAGAUCACAUGAGAGCAAAGGCAAAAUAUGUGAAAACUGUGGAAAAAUGGGCUUCAAAUCUAAGGCUGACUGGAAGACUGAUGUUCAUGGGCAAGAUAAUAUUGAUUCUUCUUCAGGGUGACAGGAGCAGCAUUAAGGAGUACUUGAUUCUUCAGAAAACUGCUAAGGUAGAUGUGGACUCAAGUGGAAAGAAAUGCAAAGAGAAAAUGAUGAGAGUACUGUGUGAAACAGAAGUACAGUCACAGCAUAAAAGGUUUCAGACGUUUGAAGUCAAAGAAUAUUCAGCACCAGAGGAGCUACAAAAGGAAUUUGAAACUGCAGGACUUACAACUCUUUUCUCUGAGUUUGUGCCUCUUCUCUUAAAAUAAAAUUGUAAGAAACCACUGGACCUUUGACCAAAGCAGUAGUUGACUGCAGAUGCUGAUAGAAGAUAAAAGGACUAAUGUGGCAAAACAACGUUGAAGCUUUUCUGCAAAAAAUACCAGUAGUAGUCAUCUUUUUGCAAGAAGAAAGCAAUUAAUACAUUAAGAACUGAUAAUUUUUUUGACAUUUAUGUAUUAAUUAGUAACUUUUUCCAAACAGUGAUGUUAAUUGUGGUAAUUGCAUGGCAAGCAUGAAAAACUGGGAGGAAAUAAUGUUAAAAAAUAGUCUUCUAGUCAGACUCUGUUUUAGAGUCCCGUUUUUCAAUGUUCUGUUUCUUCUCUCUCAUGGUAGAAUGUGUCGUUAAUGGCCUGUUAGAAAGCAUGAUUAAUUUUGCUUUGGAAGUCUGUAUGAAGAUAUUUCCAUAAAAAAACAUAGUGAACACACAUUUGAAUAUGUGAGGACAGCAUAUACUUAAUAUCCCUUAGGAGUUAAUCUGCUAAUUCUUCAUUCUCCCUGUAAUUGGCUAUAAAUGCUAGAUGGUUGAUUUGAAGAAAAAGCUCAUGUCACUUGGGGCCUUAAAAAACUUAGAAGUGUCUCUUUGAAUAUUAGUUUUUAUUCUAAAAUUUACAAAAACACCCACGUGGAGGAUUUAAAUUGAUAAAAAGCUGAGGCAAAACCAAUUGUAAUAUUUUCUUUGAUAGUUUACAGAUAUCUUUUUGCAUUUUACCUGGUUUUACUGUCUGUGCAGCUUUAGAUAUCUUGAUUCAAUUAAACUGGAGCAGUAUAUACAGAUUUCAGUCUUCUGUCUUUCAAGGCUUCUGCCAAGUUGUUUUUGUUUGUUUUAUUUGUUUUUUUUGAUUGGUCACUGGCCUUGGCCAACCUGAAUUGUUUUUUAUCAGUAGUCUGUGUUUUACAUCUGUAUAGUGUUACAACUUAUAUGCCUAAUUUUAUGAAUUGUGCAAGUUGUGCAAGUUCUGUUUACCUAGGGAGGAUUGAGUACUUACUUAUUAUGAUUAUUAAUGUCUGUCCUUUGGUUUCUAUUUUACCUGAAAUCAUUCUCUAACAAGACUAGAUAAAUUAACCAGUAAUAAAAAUUCUGCAAUCAUGAGUUUCUUAGUAACUAGCACUGCCAUUUGCCAUUUCAAUUGGCUUUAGCAUGCAGCUAAACAUGUGCUGUACUGCUCUAUAAAAUUCAGUCUCAGAAGCCAAAUGUCUCAAGUAUUCUGUAAUUAAACAGAUUUGAUCAAUUCAGUAUAAACUAAUUUAUUUUCAUUGUACUGAGGGAAGACCAGUACAAUUUGUUUAGCUCUGAAAGUGUGGUUUGGCAAGAUCUGAUUUCCUGUUUCAUGCUCAGACCAUGAGAUCAUACCUCUUUCUUUAUAUAUUCUACAAAAGUAACUAAAUGAGACUAGGAAAAUGUUUAUAUUUUACUGUUUGAGAUAUCAGAUGCAUAAAGGGUUAUAGAUUGUUUAAAGGUUUCUGAAGUUUUUCAGGAUUUUGGUGAUUUUCCUAAUAUAGAGCAACUUUAAUAUGUAUGCUGCAUGUUAUUUUAUACACUGAUGCUAAUUUACUGAGAUAGUAGCAAAGUUCUUCUUAAUGAGUCUUUUAUGUUUGCCACAUACAGUACUUCAGGCUCAGUAGAAAAGAAACUGGGUUGAAGAGGUUUUACAAAUCUGUUCUGUAUUAUUUUGAAAUGGCUUCCUGAGAGACAAGAACUCUAAUUUUCUGUCAUUUUAAGUGCAUGUGAAGAUGAAUUUCUUAUUUUUACAAAGAAGAAUAAAACAGAAGUAUCUUUAAAAUAUUAAAAUAACAUGUAUUUUAAAUUACAGUUUCCAGAAUCGAGCUGUUCUGAGGUAAAAUAUCUGUGGAAAAAUUGUGUGUCAGUGCAGUAUAAAGUUUUGAAAAGCUGCAGAGGGUUUCUCCUUAUACUUUUUGACAGACCUGGCAAGUACAAAACUCAAGAAAAGGCCUGUGCAUGUACAGCAUAAGAAAACAAUCUGUAUCUCUCUGCAAAACUAAAUGUUACAAGAUUUUGCCAGGUGCAUUGUAAAUCUGCUGAUUUUAGGAAUCAGGUUGAAUGGCAUAUCCACUCAUGUGAUUGCAAAAUGCGUGUGACUUCAAAAAUAAUUGAGGUGUAGGUCGUGGUCAUCUUUCUUGCAAGAUGCUAAAGUUUUCUUCCCUACUAGAAGAGCCAUUUGUGCUGUCAGUGGCUGCCAGUUGCACUUGAAUACAAACCCAUAUAUCUUUUUGAGUUUUAUUGUCUGAUGCCUUCUUGGUCAACUAUUUAGCCAGAGCUGGUAUUCUUCAACAACGAGUUAAAAAGAAAAAGUGACGGUUGGGUAAGUUGCAGCUCUCUCCUGAUCUGUGCUCAUCUUCCUGCCAGGUGAAGUUGUUGUAAGAAGCUGGAUUAUUUCUGUGUUUCUGGAGAUGGAAAAUGCAGUUUAUACAUUGGAUUUUUACCAUAGUUGAAUUUUAUAUUCACUAGCUCACACUGUCCACACUUGUGGACAAAUCCACAAGUUCACUGUAGGAAAGGACUGCAGUUUAUAGCUUGGUUUGAUGUGCUUCAAGAGAACUGCAAAUCUGAUCAGCUUGAUACAGUUCAGACAGCAGAGAACAUGAAAACUGAUGUCUGUCUGAUUCUGUUAAAGCAAAUACUUUUGCCCAGCUAUCAAUGUCACUUAUUUUGAAGGGUAGGAGGAUAUUUCCUCUUCAGACAAGUAAACAAUAUUUUUAAAGGCUGUCCUUUUGGAAGGAUGUUGCAGCUGUCUGUUAAGUUACGGUUUGUUUGCAUUCAUUGUAAAAAGAGAUGAGCUAGCCUGUGAGCCUCAGGGGCACAAAAGUCAUCAGAAUGGGUCCGGUGGUGCAUGUUCUGCCUUCCAAGGGAGCUGAAGCAGGCACAGAGGAGCAAAAUGCACAGAUACAGAAGAACAAGAAGCAGGGGAAAAAAAUGAAUCAGUGUGUAAAAAGUUAGUGAAGCAUAUGUAAGUAUUGGAAUCUGACAAUUCAGUUGCAAGGAAGAAGAAGCCCACAAAUUAAAGGUGAUUUAACAGAUUAGAAGGUAACUUUCUUGUGGAUAUGGUAUUAUAAAUAGUUCUUCAAACAGCAUGGUCAGUAAAGCUUUGUUUCCUGUGGCCUUGCUAGUUUCUAAGCACUAGCACACAUGAAGCCCUCCCUGCAGGAGUUCCAUUCCUGAUGAUGUCUUCCCAGGUGGGUUCCCCUGUGCCUGGUAUUUAUUGUGCAUAAAUUGAUUAUUGCUUGCAUAAAUCUUUAAGGUAUGAAUAGCAUUAUUUCACCUGUUACCUUUUUCAUCAAAGUUGUAUGUACUUGUUUUCUUUCCGGUUGUUAACCUCUCAUUUUAAUUGAAAUGACAAAUUCAGAUGUUCUAGGGAAACUUCGUAGUAUAAGCAUGCUUGCUUCUAUAUGGGCAGAACAGAUGUAUAACCAUAGUUUCCUUUAAAAAAUCAGGCUAAAAUGAAGGAUGUUGCAAUAGGACUGACAACUUGAAGAAUCAAGUCUUUUAGGACAAAACUGAGAUAUGACUGGUCUUUUUUAAUACCUUGGCUUAUUAAGUAUGAGAAAAACAAGAAAUAGCUUGAGGA